UUUAUGUCAUUCCGGCCAGGCAACCCAUAUUUCCCAAAAACCCUACGUUUAUUUACCAAACGAAAGAAAUAUUAAGGCAAGAAUGAUUAGGGUAGCAACCUUAGAGUAGCCCACGUCUAUUCCUACCCCAAAAUUAAAGAGGUAGCUUAAGGGUAUUUCUACAGAAGCAGUCUGCAUGGACUGCAAGGAACGUAACCGCGGAUACGACAUCCACUAGGGAUUGGGGCCGUCCAAUGUAUUUCGCCGUGUUUAGUACUGGCCCCUGGAGGGUUAAUUACAGUCGUCCGUAUAAAUAUUACUUAAAAUUCUUGUUCAGUAGGUAAAACUGCAUAGAAAAACCGCAACUGCCAUAGUCUAGGCCGCCGUGGAUAAGUAGCCUAGAUCUACCGAUUUCAGAACAAGGCCUACGAUGAUGUGCAGUCAUGGAGAAAACUACUUGGAAGAAUAUGACAUUAAAGUCAUGAUUAAGAACAUACUGCAUCCAUAUGUUGAUUUUUAUUACUGUGAGAGGAUGAAAGCGGUUUGUGUUAUCCGUAAAGUGUUUUAGUGAUGAAUAUUGAUAGAUUAUUAUGUCUUUAACUCAGAUCAGUGAUUAUGACAGCUUGUGUAUAUUGAAAAUGUAAUCUCAUUUAGACCACUUUUAUGAACACAAGGGGAAAAUACCGUUAAUAUGGCAGAAAUUAUAAUAGAUAGCUGUGUAUUAGUUUAUUUAUUAAAUGUCAAAUAAGGAGAGAGGCUUUGUCAUGAUGAUAGCUUUAUAGCAUACAGAAAUGUUAGAAAUUAAUGGUGUAUUAAGGAAGAACAGGUUUGGUGUUGUAUUAAGUAGAGUGGUACACAGCUUAGAUUGAGUGGCCUUUAUUACAAGAAUUAAAAUGAGCACCACCAUUAAAUCUGAAAUGCCUUCAGAAAAAGAAGAGUCUGAAUGUGGAGUAACGUUAGUUACUGUCAAAUGUGAGACUGCAGAUGUUGGGUAUUCAAAUGAUUCGAAUAUAAGUGUGUCAGAGGAGUUUUUUGCUUCACAACUGUGUCCUGAAAAGGAAACAGAUUCCAGUGAAGUAGGGGAAGAUGACCUUGAAUCUACAGCAAAAUUAGAGAACACAAGUGAUAGUUGUGACCCACUGUUCAUCGAAGAAGGAUGUGUAGAACAAGUUAAAAGGAAAGGAACCCAGGAUUCAUCUGUAAAAGCCUUAGUCAAUAACAAGAUGUUCACUUGCAUGGUCUGCGGGAAAGCAUUUCAGCGCAUCUUUCACUUCAACACUCACAUGAGAAUUCAUACAGGAGAAAGGCCGUUUGCUUGCAAGCAUUGUGGAAAAUCAUUCAACGAGAAGGGGAAUCUUCGCAUUCAUGAGUUACUCCACACAGGGAAAAGACCUUUUGCCUGUAAGGAAUGUGGGAAUUCUUACAGCAAAAAGGGGGAUCUCGCCUCUCACAUGAGAGCUCACACAGGCGAGAGGCCAUUCAGUUGCAACGUUUGCGGUAAGACCUUUUGCCAGAGAGCAGGUCUCAAUGUUCACAUGCGAAUCCAUACGGGAGAGAGGCCGCACGUGUGUAGCGAGUGUGGGAAGGCGUUCCUCCAGAAAACAGUGCUCAAGAAUCAUUUGAGGACACACACGGGUGAAAGGCCAUUCGAGUGCAAGGAUUGUGGGAAGGCCUUUGGGCAGAAAGUGCAUCUUAGGAGUCACAUGAAGGUUCAUACUGAUGAGAAACCUUUCGAGUGUCAGGAGUGUGGGAAAACUUUUAGGAGAAAGAGACCUCUCACUGUUCAUGCAAGAACUCACACUGGGGAGCUUCCAUAUGUUUGCACGGAGUGUGGGAAGACAUUUAACUUGAAAAAAAGUCUAAUAAGUCAUUUGAAAGAUCACGCAAAGGAAUCGUUGUGGGAGUAGAAUUUAGGGGAAGCAUGUUAUUCGAUUACUAGUUUUGAUAACUCUUUAGUAGGAUAUCUAGCUGAAUAAUUGCCUCAAAGCCAUUUCUAGAUUCUCUUGUGGAAUGCAAAUAAAAGUUGCGACAAGGUAAAGCCAAAGAGUUUGAUGUUUCUUUCCAAGAAUUCAGUCACAUUCUAAAGGAAUAGAUGUGUGGAGUGCAGUAUUGUACGUUCUGGUAGGUGAUAAACUUCACAGAUGUUUAUUGUUACUGUUACUACAGUACUGUAAUUUGAAUUAAUAAGUUCUGUUUUUAUAGUGUUUGGGUUGACAGUCCGAGCUAAAUGGGCCCUUGUAAAGAUUCUGUUAUUGUUAUUAUUAUUAUUAUUAUUUUUUUAAUU